AUGAGCAGCAGGACGAAAAGAGUAAGAGGACGUGUUCCUCCAGUGGACCAUGGUCAGCCCCAACCAGCAUCAGUGAUGAAAAGCGAUAAUCUACAAUUACACGACGAGGCUGACUUGAUAAACUUCAGGGCAGAUGCCUUCGCCAGAUUCAUAAGCAAUCAAGACCUUCUAGAGACAGCGGCACUGAAGCCAUUUCAUACAUCUAAGAUUGAUCCACCGGCACCUUUUCCCGUACAUAAGAAGAAGUUGUACGAAGAGGAUGCGACAGACGAACAGGUGAAAGAGGUUCUUCGAAAUCUCGGCAAGGAAGACUUUAUAUUUGGUGACUUGAGGCUCAUGAAGCUUAAGGAGCAAAUACUUCAGGAAGAGGUUGAAAGUAACCGCAAAGAGUUGACAGAGUUGCAGGAGGACCCAAACAAGACGUUUGGUGAAGAGAUGUUGUUCCAGAAGAAAGCCAUGGCUCAACUAGCCAAGCUUCAUAGUGAGUGCAGUGACGCUGAGUCACUUGAAAAGCUAGAAAAGGGCAUGAAUGAUAUUUUGAACGAGUAUCAGGAGAAAUACAACAAGAACUACAAACUAGAACAGCCGCCAUACCAGCAACACUCGAUUGCUAUUAAAGAGUUGGCUCCAGAGGUCACCGUGGAGAAAGCACCAGAGAAAUACAAUCCUCGGCUGAUCUCGUCGUUUUUGGACAUGGAAGGUGAAAACAAAGCAGAACUGGACAAGCAGGAGAGUCUACAUGACGGCCCACAAAGCUACCAAGAUUCAAUGUUUGGGGACGAAGACAAGAUGGAUAAUAACGGGCAACUCUACAUGCAAGGUAAUGGCGAUGAAGACUUUGCCAUGGCCAUGAUGAAUGAGCACGGGCACGAGGGCCACAAUGAACAGAAGCAAGAUAUCCCCGAACACGAGCCACCACAACAACAGCAACAACCACCAGUCAAGAAGACUCCUUCGGACAGCAAUAACGUCGCAGAGAACGACGUCAACAUGGAGGAUCUUAACCAGUUCCUUGCUGACCCUCAAGGGAACGAUGAUAUGAUGGGAGAUGACAUGGACGCGUUGAUGAACUUUGGGCCCGACAAUGAAGAAGGAGGCAUAAUGGACGACGACGCCUUCAACUCCGAUUUCCUCAGCCAAAUCGACCACACAAUGGAAUAA